AUGGCGAUGGAUAUUUCAGACCUACCCCGGCUGGCCGAUGAAGUCCCUGACGUCUUACGUGACGUCCACAAGUAUCGGAUCUUUCCGGAUCUUAAUUCCCUUGAGUGUCUUCUUCCCACUACGCUCUUAAGUCAGGAGCCAUCUAGUGAAUCAGAAGAUGGGAGCACUUGUGAAGCCUUCUUAUUCUUCGACUGGGACCUGUAUUUUGGACAACGCAACAAUCCAAGGUCUUCAAGCAAAUCGGAAAAUUCCUCCAUGCCUCCCACACUCACUUCGGCAACAACCCCGCCCCCAUCUGAGGAAGGCGGUGCUUCAUCAUCAAGUGACACGGAGGACCGGUCACAGUUCAGAGCCAAGUUAAAGGAAGCAAAGAAGGGAGAUGACAAACUUACCUUCCCCCCUCUGAAGCCUAAGGGUGGCCUGCCAUAUCAACCACACAUUCAGAUCCAUGACGCCAACCACAGUCUCUCGUCGACCCUGUCAGGCACACAGUGGCAAACGAACAACAGUUCUUUACCAUCACCCCCUUACAGUAGAGAGUCCAGCACUCCUCGACGAGUGGCACCAAAUAGUCAGGCACCUGUUCGAGGAAAGCGAAAUGGCCCUUUGAAGAACGCAGACGACGUAGCAGAAGUACGCAACCUUGGUGCCUGCACACGCUGCAAGUUUCGCAAAGUCAAGUGCGACGGAAAUAUCGUUUGCGGCAACUGUAUCGACAUUGCGGAGAAAUAUGUCUCAAACGUUAGUCUCGCUGCAGACCAACAUAUGUGUUUCCGUAAACCGUUUACGGAUGGCGAGUUCGUUUUCCCCAUGAUAGGAAAGGCAGAAGUCGGUCGGCCAUCCGCAGGCUCUCGAAGCAAAACGGGCGCGAUGAUGAUUCAAGUCUACUUCGGCACGGGGCAAGCCGUUGGCCAACCUCUAGACCUGUCUGUGGUUUCACACAAUGAUUCGUCCACAAUUGCAUCACCGACCGGUCAGCUAUCAGACGCCAGCUACAGGCUGAACCUUGACAGGAUGCCUUUGGAGGAUCAGUUGUGCAAUUGGGCAAAGGAAUGCCACGACAGUUCUGGCACAACUGACUUCCAAGCCAUGCUUGAUGACUUGAUGUCAGCGUGUGUCAAAGAGGGUGUGCAGUGUUUUCCUCGUAGCCAACUGGACUUACUCAAGAGGGUCUAUAAAAUGCGUUUCCUCUUCAAAAUCUGGAGUCAAAGGCACUUCUUCUACUACGACGGUCGUCAAUAUCGAAGACUACCAGCAGCAUUGCAAUGUGGGCUCAGACAGCUCACCAAGUCAAUCAUGAAAAGGCUCGAAAGCGAUAUCUGCAAGGAUAUUUGGAAGACGCUGGAGGCAAAGACUGUGAAGCCCAUCGAGGCCGCCGCCGUUAGGAUGGCAGGCUGGAUUGUCACCAUGCAGAUGAUGCUAAUGUAUCGAGAUCUUCAUACCCUCACCGAAUCAGCGCCUACGUUCCGGCCAGGUGUUCGUCCACCUCCAACAUGGAGCUAUGUUCUCAGUGUGACGAGGAACCUCUUCAACACUUUGGUCAAUUUAUGCGAAGUGUGCUUCAGCAAGAAGCCGCCGGCCGAGCUCGACAUAGAAGGCAGUUCGUCGACGCGACAAUCGAAACAGGUUAUCAACGCAUACUUCAAGAAGGUUCAAAUCAGCCAGGAAUAUUUCUACGAGAACCUCAACCCACGACAGGGAUCUCUUGAUCAGAUCUUGUUUGUUCGCCUGCCGCCUGUGUCCAAGCCUCAGAACACGAAACGACAGAAAACCAAGCGAAAUUGA